AAGCCGAGCGAUUGGCGAGAAACUCCGCGAGCCUCCGCGGGGAGCUUUCCGCUGAGCGCCGGAAAUGUAGCAGAGGCGCCCACUGUCUUCAGCCCGGUGGCCAGCACUCUGACCCACCUCCGGCAAGCAUUUCCUUCGCUAGGUGCGCGACCCAUGAAGAACUGCGCGCGAGCGCUAGAAAAUUCGCGCGCGAAGCGUUGCGACACUCAGGCAGCCCCUUCUGCACAAUGAUGACCGGCGUGAUCCGUGCCUGCAGUUACCGCUCACAGGUUCGAAGACGUGCCCCGGUCCCGGGGGCCGAAUUUUUUCGGUGUUCAUGUGUUUCCCCGGCGCGCGGUCGACCAGGGGCGGCGCAACGAGGGCCCGGGCGGGCGCUUUGGGGUUUUGCAGGGGGCCGGAGGCGAUUGGGCUCAAAGGCGCGGCGCAAUCCGGCAA